AAGAGAAGAAAGAAUAACACUUGGGACACAAACGUAAUUGCAGCUCUGGGAAGAUGGCGGAGGAAGAGCAAAGAAAAAAAAUCCCUCUGGUUCCAGAAAAUCUCCUGAAAAAGAGGAAGGCUUAUCAGGCCCUCAAAGCUACCCAGGCAAAGCAAGCGCUUUUGGCAAGGAAGGAGAGAAAAGGAAAACAGUUCAGAUUUAAGCGACUGGAAUCAUUCCUACAUGAUUCCUGGCGGAAGAAACGUGACCAGGUGCGUGUCAGACGACUAGAAGUGAAACCUCAUGCUUUGGAAAUGCCUGAUAAACAUUCCUUGGCCUUUGUUGUACGCAUCCAAAGGAUUAGUGGGGUGAGUUUGCUGGUGCAGAGGACCAUUGCAAGACUUCGUCUGAAGAAAAUAUUUAGUGGUGUCUUUGUUAAAGUCACCCCAAAAAGCCUAAAAAUGCUGCGGGUAGUAGAACCUUAUGUGACUUGGGGAUUUCCAAAUCUGAAGUCUGUCCGGGAACUCAUCUUGAAACGUGGACAAGCAAAGAUCAAGAAUAAGACCAUCCCCUUGACAGACAACACAGUGAUUGAGGAGCACCUGGGGAGGUUUGAUGUCAUUUGUCUGGAAGAUCUCAUUCAUGAAAUUGCCUUCCCUGGGAAGUAUUUCUGGGAGAUCUCUAAGUUCUUGUGCCCUUUCCAUCUCUCUGUGGCCCGUCAUGCUACCAAAAAUAGAGUGGGCUUCCUCAAGGAGAUGGGCCUACCUGGUUUCGGGGUGAAUGCAUCAAUCAGCUCAUCCGCCAGCUGAACUAAACCCAGAAUAUCUGAAAGCAGUGCAUUGGAAGCACAUGUUUUUGUUUGAUGGAAUUGUUAUCAAGUAUCUUCAGAGAAGAUUAUUUUCUGCCUUAAGAAAAUGGAAGGAAGGGAUUGGGGAAGAGACAGUAGUUAUGAUCAUGGCAGGCACCUGUCAUCACAGACAAGUUCCAAGGAAAAAUUUCAUUGUUUCCUACAUUGACCCACCUCUGCCUCUGAAAUCAACACAUGCAAUGGAGAAAGAAGGCCUCCUUUGUCAGGGGUUUAAUGUUGGCGAAUGAGUAACCCAAGCAUGUAUACAAGGCCCCCUAAGACUUGUAGCAGUUGACCAAGUUUAUGAGCAUACUUGAAUCUAGAGGUCCCAAGAGUCUUGUUUUGAAAAGACUUGAAAUACUUAGGAAGAAAAGUACAAA